AUGUCGAUUGUUGCAGACCAAAUUCGAAAAGUCGACGCCCAACUCGAUCGCGUCCAGCUCGCACCCUUUCCCUAUUCCGCAGACGACAACCUUCUCUCGGCUCAACAUGCCAAAGUCGCUGCUUCGACGCGCAUAGCAGAUUUACAAGCUCUAGUAAAGGCACUGAGUACGUCGUCGAGUUCUAGCGCGUUGCUUUCGGGUGGCAGGAUCAGUAGACUGCUAGAGCAGGCUGAUUUGAGGGAAUCUGUGCAUGCGGAGGAAAACGAGGAUGAGGAUGAAGAUGAAGAUGAGGAAGACGAGGAAGGAAAAUAUAGAAAUAGUAGAGCAGGUGUCAAUGCUUAUUUGAGGGGCUACGAAAGGGAAUUGGAGUGGUUGUUGGUCAGCAAGGCGACGGUGCAGACGUAUGGAUUGAUAUUGAAUACUUUGUUGGAGCAAACGAUCCCGCUGAGUGAUGAUAUUUGGUACUGGGAUGAAGUGCUCGGCUCAUACGCAUACACGGGGCUAUACACUGUGCAAACUUCGCCGCAGAGGUUAUGGGAUUGGGGAAAGGAUAUUUACAGUGAUUCGAGGGAGCGAUUGGUGCAUUUGAGGGAAGCGCCUGGGAGUGCGGUUAGGAAGGGUGGGAGGGAUGUGAGGGAGGGGGUUGCGGUGCAAUGGAGUGUCUUUUAUGGGUUGGUUAGGGAGAGUAUCAGGGAGAGGAGCGUGGUGGAGGUGCAAAAAAGAGUGAUGAGUCCAGUUGCAGUGGGGAGAGCAAAGGCCAAGAUGAAUCAGGCGAGGUUAAAGAGGUUUAGGGAGAUGGGGGCUAGUGGAUUGGGGGUUUUGAUGGACGAAGCAUUAAGUUUUGAUAUCGAUGAAGAGGGUGCGGGCUUAAAGGUCGAAGAGUCAGAAAACUCUGAAUGGAAAGACGUGGUGGAGAGGAGUGUGGCGCUGAUGGAUAACGUGCUUCGAAAUGUUACGGCGCUCGAACAGGGAGUUUCGGAUUUCGAGGAUACUGUGUUUGCCAGUGUGGAGGAUGAUCCGGAGAUUUCGAGUGCGGAUGUUACACAGGCAACGAGGACGAGCAAAGUAUCCCGGAGGCUACAAUACAUUCUCUCUAAGCAUGUUCCAAGGCAUAUCACGAGUUCACGGAAACUUGUCUCGGAAUAUGGACGACCUUCAAAACUUGUCCGAUAUUGGCUACCGGCGAGCAUGUUGUUACUCUCUUCUUCCACCAUACUGCGGAUCUUGGUAAACAGAAAGGCGGAGAUAGUGACAUGGAUCAGAGAACUUGGGUCUACUAUCCAAGACUUUUGGAUGAACUGGGUAGUCGAACCCACAAAGAAAGUCAUUGGGACCAUUCGUCAUGACAAAGAUAGUGAAGUAGCCAUUAUGAGCAAAGAGAGUCUCAAAGGUGAUAUGGAAAGCUUGGAACGAAUGGUGGUGGAUUUCGCUCGCGAUAACCCCGAAGCCGCAAAUUAUGGAGUUGGAGCUUUAACUGAUUCUCAAAUCUCCGAAAUCAAAGCUAAAGUCAAGGCAGGUGAUCUCACCCCUGUUCUUCGCGCUUAUGAAAAGGAUAUGCAGCGUCCAUUUGUAGGAACAGUCAGAGGAGAUCUGAUUAGAACGGUUUUGAUUCAGGUGCAGAAAACCAAAGUCGACGUAGAGGUUGCGCUUAGUGGCAUUGAUGCGCUGCUCAAGAGUCAAGAGCUUGUCUUUGGCUUUGUGGGUCUCACGCCUGGUGUCAUGGUCUGUUUUGCUGCUUUCAGGUAUUUCGGAACUUUGCUCGGCUCACGCAAGGGUCUUCAAAGAGGUGAAAGGGCUGGGAGAACUGCAAGAGUUCUGAGGAAUAUCGAUCGAAUCCUAACGAUUGCUACGCCUACGCAAAAUAACCUACUAUCAUAUAAAGAUCACGGGUUACUUCUGUGCGAAGUCCAUGUAAUGAGGAAGAGAGCUCAUAACUUGUUUCCUGGGGAUGUGGAGAGGGAGUUUUUGGAGGAUGUGGGAGAUCUUUGUAAUAUCAAUAGUGGCAUUCAGGUGCAGCUUAAAGUUUUGGAGAGGAUUAGGUGGAGCUAUGGGAAAUACUUGAGAUAG